AAAAUUCUAUAUUUGGAGUUUUGAAAUUUUUUUUAAGAGAAAAGAAUUCUUUUUUUUUUUGGCAACAGAGAAAUUUUUUUUAUAUUUGAAGUUAUAAGGUCUUUUUUAGAGAUGAUUCUAGGGUGGAUAAAUCUCUAGUAUUCAUGAUGAUUAAUUCAACAAUAGUAGUCGGCCACUAUAUUAUCGAGUUGUACGUCUGCAUAACUGAUAUAGUUUCCAGUCUCCGUGUGUGUCACUGUCAAAAUUUUAAGCUGUAAAGAAAUUUUUUUUUAAUCGAUGUUGAAAAGUAGUCGAUUUUGGUUCACACGGUUGAACAGAAAGAGUCAUAUGAGCGUUGUUGGAUGUUGAUAUAAGUCAACGUACACUCUUGCUCAGGACAACUAUACUACGAUUCUUCUGGACUAAUAUGAAUAAUGAAAUGGCAAGGAAGUCGUGUCUUUGGAUUUUCCUAGAAGAAGGGGACAAAACACUCUCUCUUAAAUUCAAAUCUUAGCCAUUUCUUUAUCAAUAACGAAUCUUGAAGCAAACGUCGAAACCGUGUUUACUUUUUGAUCCCUAUUUAUUUCGAAAUAGUAAUGGUUUUAAGAAUAAAAAAAUAUAUCAAAAUGAGGUUUGGCUUCCUCUAUAUAUGUAUGACAAUACUUGCAAAGACCAAAUAUAAGACGAAGAAGAAAAUGGGUUCGAAGUCUCCAAAUAUUGCUGCACUUGUGUUGCCACUGCUUCUUAUACUGUUCUCUCUUUCCUCUCAAGCUAGACUCGUCGAAUCUAGUGGGCGCAAACUGGCAGCGUGGGGGUUUGGGGGAGCGCCUAUCAUAGGGACACCAUCUUCAAACUCAUGUGGGGCUUCUCCAGCAAUAUGGUAUCCGAAACCUACGAACCCCCGACCAUGCAGGCGGACUCCAGGAAUUGGCAUCCCUACUUCUCACCAAUCUCCUUGAUACGAUCACUUAUAUACUUCGCGUUUACCUGUCUCUAUGUCAGACUUUUGAAGUUAUAUGCAAUAAUCUAGUGUAUGAGGUUUUAUGAUCUGGUUUCUUGUCUAGUGUAACCGGACGACGGUUUGUUGCCUACUAUGAAUCAGUGAGCGAACUAAUAAUGCUUAUUGGAAAUAAUACUUAGUAAGAGUAUUUUUAUUCCGGAUGUCUGAAGAACUACUCAAAGUACAAUAAAAUAAACGAUUUUAAAUUGUUA